CUUGAAGUUUCAAUUUUGAAUUUGUUCUCAGUGGGUGGAGAUUUUGUCCUGCCGCCAUAUUGUGCUGGGCUGUGAGUGCUGGAAGUGAAUUUUUGUUAAAUUUGGUAGUGUUUAUACUUUGCCUUAAUUAUUCGGAUUGAAAAGUCUAAAGUUAAGCAUCGAGAAUGGGUGCAAAGCAGAGCAAGCGCUCCGUGGACAUAAGCGGAAAGGAAGCGGAGAGCGCCGGUGAGGUGGCAGCGGCCGGAGCUGGCGGUGAAGGUCGUAUGGAACAAUUAGCAGACGCUGAUGCGCUGAAGCCACAGGCCAAUGGCGAUGCCCAUAUACACGAUACCCUUGAAAAAGAAAAGCAAAUCGACAGCGGCACCCCAGAGAAUGAAAAAGAUGCAACAACGGAGAAGGACGUAAAAGAUCAGGAAGAGAACGAAAAAGAUAAGGAGCCAUCCGUGGCGAAUGGGGAGGGUGAGACAAAGGAAAACGGAGAGAGUACACCGUCGCCGGACGAUGGCAAAAAGAACAAAAAAGAAAAGGUUAAGAAGAAAUGGUCGCUAAGGUCGAUCAGUUUCAGCAGAAAGGAUAAGCCGAAACAGGAAAAGAAGCAAAAGGAUGAGGAGGUAAAAACCAAUGGCGAGCCAGAGAAAGUGCCUGAAGAGGCUGCUGAGUUUACUCCUGAAAUCGCUGAAAAAGAUUUAGUUGCUGACACUAAUACCGAAACAGAAAACAAAGAUGAAAAUACACCUGAAACUCCAGUGACUGAGCCACUGACAAAUGGAAGCAUCACUCCAGAAACUUCUAAAGUAGAAACGCCUAUUGCCGAGGAACCUAAAAUUGAGGACGCUGCCGACAUCAGGCCGGAACCAAAAGCGGAAGUCAUCGAACCCGAGCAAUUGCCUGUCAAUGGUCUUUCUCUGGAAGAACCAAAGAAAGUUGAACCCGAAGUUCCAGUUAUUGAUUCAAACAAGACCGAGGAGUCUAAAGUAGAAAACACGGAAUCAGUGCCUACACCCGAAAGUCCCGUUGUGAAAGAGGUUUGUGUCGAUCAAACGCCCUUGAUAGAGCCUACGCCACCUCCCCUUCCUGCUAAUCCUCCUCCAUCGUCUGUGGCUUCCUUUGCCGCCACCACCAUGGCUCCUGAACUUACUGAUGCUUCUCUCGCUAACAACGCUGAUAGUACAGAAUCUGCUCCUGCCGAUGUCACACCCGUUAAUGUUGAAAACACAAAUGUGGACCCUACUCCUACCGAUACAAAAAUUUGCGACGAACCCGAAACUAUUGAAUCCCCAGCACCUCUUACCAAAGUACCGCAAACGGAAGACGCAAUCUUGUCUGAAAAAUGUUCGGCCAAUGAAGUUACACUGGAUACCUUACCGAGUCAGGACGACCACGACGUUCCUACCAAGGCAGUAGAAGAAAAUGUCUGUGAUGUUGAGACUAAAUCUUCCCUCGUGGAAAAUGAAAACUUAUCUCCGGCCGAACCCGAAAUUAAAAACGCCGAAGAAGAUCUUCCAAUAGAAUCCGCCGAGACGGAGGAGAUUGCCGACGAACAAACUACUGCGACACCCGAAGAUUUAUCAAAUGAAAUUAGCAAUAGUGAAAUCUCAAAAAUCGAGCAGGACAGCGGUAUUUGCGAAUCGAAAGAGACCGACGUCGACACAAGUAUUAUUUCUCAGAAUGGCCUAAAUCACAGCUCGGUCGAAGCGAUCGAAACAGAGUGUUUGAAAGCGAAGGCCAAAGAGAUGAUCAAAAAUGCGGAAGUAAUGUUAAACGGGGACGCGUUGACGAACGGCGAGCGGUCUCUGCAUGAGCCCGAGGAUGAGCUGCUUUCGGGGCCCGAAGAGGAUUCGCAGUCGUUCCCGCCGCCAGAUGACCUUAGCCCCGAGCCGGAGAUACCCGCUUCGCCCCAACAGGAGCCCCUACCAGUUGCCGACAAAAUGGCCGAACUCAUUCCUGAAAUUCCAACUAUACCAGAACAAUACACGGAAACGGUGACGACAACCUGCGUGGCGGAGCCGGAGUCGUCAACCAACGUGGCAGAGUCGUAAGGAGUAAGCUCGGAGUCUCACCAAGCUCCAGAGACGUCUAAAAGAGCCUUUUAUUUAUUUCCUUUCAGUACUGUGGUGUAUAUCGAACUAAGUUCGAGUAUGAAUUUUAUUAUCAAUAUGGAUUUCAGUUUGGAAUGUGACCUACAUAUUAUAGAAUGUUUAUACUCUUAAGUUUAGCGUGCUUGCUUAUGUAAAAUUAAGAUUUUAUACAUUAAAAUCGCUAAGAUCGAUCUUUUUUAAUUAUAUACAAUAACAAAGUUAUGUAGGCAGUAUACGGUGCGAUAAGUUGGUGCCAUUAUUACAGGGGUAUUAGUUGACGUUUGGCGUUGGACUCUCUCCUAAAUAGAUUGUGUUAGCGAUUUAGUAUCUACGUAGCUGAUGUUAAAUUAAAUUCGUUAAAAUACAAUCAGAUUAUUUGCAUUUCGGACCAAAUUAGGUUUUAAAUAUUUUUUUGCGAUAGUAUAUGCGACUUUAGAAUAUCACUUUAAAGACCAUGAAUUAUUGAACAUGUCGCUUCAUUGUGUAUAUAUUUGAAUCACCUCCCAAAAUAUUAAUUUUGUUGCAUAAAAAUACAACAUUUCACAUUAUUAUGUUGUAUUAAAUAUUUUGUAUUCUAUGCACUCAUGUUAAAUUUAUUCCUAUUAUUUUAUAAUCAAAUAAGUUAUAUAUUAGUUUGGAUGAGCUCUCUGUAAUACAAGCAUUUAUGAAUUCAAUUGAUGUAUUGGUAAGUCGCUCCUAUGGCAUGUGAGAUAUGGUUAAUUGGUUAGGCAUAUUUGCGAGUAAAUUCAUGUAUAAAAAUUUGACUUUAAGAUUGUGGCAAUUAAAAUUUUGAUGUAGUUUUCAGCG